AGAUGGUCUCCAGGUUCCCCGCGGGUCGCUUCACUUCAGGUGUUCGUCCUGCUCUCCAGUGUCACCCAUAAGAUCUCUAGCUCAACAGGUUUUGGGUUUCCACUAAGCAGGGCCAGAAACCGCUCACCUGUGCAGCGUUGCCUGGCUACCCUCAUCUUUAAUUUAACACGGCAGACCCAACUGCAGACGGCCGCCGACGCCUCGCUCUUCACCAUGCAGGAGUCCGAGAAGACGACGAGCAACCCAGAGCCCAUGCAGAACGGAGAGGCCAUGAGUCCGGACGCACAGGACUCCAGAGGACCGCCGGGGGAUGAGGAGAACCAGGGAGCCAUCCCAUCAGCGCCACCGCUGCCCCAGGAGCCUCUGCCGUGUCCGAGGCCCAGACUGGUGUUUCACACGCAGCUGGCACACGGGAGCCCAACGGGACGCAUUCACGGCUUCACCAAUGUUAGGGAGCUUUACGCCAAGAUCGCAGAGGUCUUCGACAUCUCCGCUUCUGAGAUCCUCUUCUGCACGCUGAACUCGCACAAAGUGGACAUGCAGAAGCUGCUGGGAGGUCAGAUCGGGCUGGAGGACUUCAUCUUCGCGCACGUGAGGGGAGAAACCAAAGAGGUGGAGGUCGUUAAAACCGAGGACGCGCUCGGCCUGACCAUCACCGACAACGGCGCGGGAUACGCCUUCAUCAAAAGGAUAAAGGAAGGCAGCACCAUUGACCAAAUAAAGACGGUGUGUGUCGGCGAUCACAUCGAGGCCAUUAAUGACCAGAGCAUUGUGGGAUGUCGGCAUUAUGAAGUGGCGAAGAUGCUAAAGGAGCAGCAGAGAGGAACACCAUUCACCCUGCGCCUGGUCGAGCCCAAGAAAGCCUUCGACAUGAUAGGCCAAAGGACGCGAGCGCCAAAGUCCAGCGAGGGCAAAAUGGUGACCGGGAAAGAGACGCUGCGGCUGCGCUCCAAAGGAUCGGCCACGCUGGAGGAAAUCCCCAGUGAGUUCGAAGACAAGGCCAUCAAGAAGGUUGACGACCUCCUGGAGAGUUACAUGGGGAUUCGAGACCCAGAGCUUGCGACUACCAUCGUGGAGGCCGGGAAGAACAAGAAGAACCCGGAUGAUUUCGCCGAGGCGCUCGACUCCGUUCUGGGUGACUUCGGUUUUCCUGACGUCUUUCUGUUUGAUGUUUGGGGCGCUAUGGGAGACGUGAAGAACGGACGCCUUUAAGAGAGUACGUCAGACAUCUGAGGGACAUUCAAGCUUGAUUUGUGACAUCUGUCAUCUGUUUUCAUAUACACAAUCCUCCCAAUUCCCACCUUUACCCUGAGGAAGGAGAACGUCAAGAUUUAAGCGGCUAAUCGGCAUGCUAACGCAAACAUCAAGUGUGUAAAGCAGUAUGAUUAAGUAGGUCAAACUGUAUUUCCCAUCAAUGUGUAUAGCUAUCUAGGAUAUAAAUCAAUCUCUUAAGUGUUUUACAUGAUAACUUUGACUUUUAGAAGUAUUAUGAACUAGUAUAUGUUAGCUUAGCUUAGACUAGCCUUUGUUUGUUUUGAUGUCUGUUGUGUUAUGUAUAAAUACAUUGUGUUACUGGUGAAAUGAAUGAUCUUUUACGAUUAAUGACAGAUCUUGUGACACUAGCUUGUGUAUAUAUGAAUAAUAAAUAUUUAAUCACUUCUGUGCACAUCCAAUGUGUAUUUAACUUAAAAAUCUACUAAACGUGUUUGCGUAUUGUAUAUCCUGUUUUACAAUCCUUUUAGAUGACCUGAUGUGACAAAUUUGAAUAUGAGCAAAGAUUAAAAACAUACCACAAAUUGA